AUGGUGUGGCAGCCAGUGAACCUCACGGCGGCGUGUCAGGCCGGCUCGGCGGGCGCGUGCUCCAGCUUCGCGCACGUGUUCCUCAGCCUGCUGGUGCAGCUGUACGGCGGCUCGUCGGACCAGUGCAAGCAGCAGUUGUGCGACCGCGAGGCCGAACCCGCCAGGCGCGACCACGGCGAGUACGACUUCAUAGUGGUGGGCGCCGGCGCGGCGGGCUGCGUUAUCGCCAAUAGACUCACUGAGAACCCUAAAUGGAAGGUGUUGCUGUUGGAAGCCGGGCCAGAAGAGCCCGACAUCACAUCGGUACCUGGCUUGGCCGGGACGCUCCAGAGCUCAAACAUCGACUGGCAGUACACCACGGAACCCAACGGCAAGAGCUGCCUCGCAUCCGGAGGACGAUGCGCGUGGCCGAGGGGUAAAACGAUGGGCGGUUCAAGCUCGAUCAACGGCAUGGCGUACGUCAGAGGGAACAUGGCGGACUACGACCGGUGGGCGCUCAUGGGGAACGAAGGAUGGAGCUAUAGAGACGUGCUGCCAUUCUUUCUGAAAUCCGAACGCAAUAUGAAUAAAGAUGCUGUCGACAGUGAUUACCACGGAGCGAAGGGCGAACAGCCUGUAGGGUGGUUCCCUUACGUCGACGACCCCGCCAACAUGUUGGUUGAAGCCUACAAUGAAAGAGGAAUACCAUUCCGCGAUUAUAAUGGAGCCGAACAAGUGAGCACCAUGCAAUUACAAGCGUUCCAGGUCGACGGUGAAAGAGUAUCGGCCAACAAGGCUUUCAUAUCACCAAUCCGACAUAAAAGAACAAAUCUCUUUAUUAAAUCAGAAGCAGAAGUAACAAAGAUACUGAUAGACAAAAAUGAUAAUGCUUACGGAGUCGAGUACGUGAAGGGUGGUGUAACAUAUAAGGCGCACGCCACAAAAGAGGUCAUCGUUAGCGCUGGAACAAUCAACUCGGCAAAAUUGUUGAUGUUAUCUGGAAUAGGACCGAGAGAACAUUUAGAAAGUCUAAAUAUCCCUGUUAUACAAGAUUUAGCUGUAGGAGAGAAUCUCCACGAUCACGUUUCAUUUGACGGCAUAGUGAUAGCUUUGUCGAAUGAUUCUUCCACAGCGGUUUCUAACAAAGAGAUGAUAAGUAGCGUCAAGAAAUUCCACAAAAUGAAAAUCAAAAAAGGCCCACUUACGGGUCUCGGUCCAGUGAUGUCAUCUGUGUUUUUAAAAACAGAGCCAUAUUUGACAUCACCCGAUUUACAAAAUCAAGCUAGCCCCAUUCGAGAGCUGAAAAAUUUACUUAGAAACGGUCUAACAAUAGAAAAUUUAUAUUGGCCGGCCGCAUACUAUGAGGGAGUGAUACCGAGAACUAUGAACUUAGUUCCCAAAAGUAGAGGCAAAUUGCUAUUAAAUGAAGAUGAUCCACACGGUCCUCCAAGACUACAUGUAAACUAUUUAGGCGACGACAGGGAUCUGAUACCUCUGAUGAAGGGUGUGCGUUUCUUAUUGUCUCUAGAAAAUACAGAAGCCUUUAAAGCGCGGGGAGCGUAUUACGUGCGGGAGCAAAUGCCGCACUGUAAGCAACACGAGUGGGGCACCGACGAGUAUUUCCUUUGUUUGAUCAAACAGUACACCUCCACCACGCACCAUCAAGUCGGAACCUGUAAGAUGGGCCCGAAGUGGGACAAGAAAGCUGUAUUAGAUAAUAAGCUCCGGGUGUACGGCAUCAAAUGGCUGCGAGUGAUCGACGCGUCGAUGAUGCCGGUGGUAAUACGCGGGAAUACGUGUGCCCCGGCCAUGAUGAUCGCGGAGAGGGGCAUCGAUUUCGUAAUCAAAGAAUGGCAACAUCGUACUAACAAUUAUUGUUUCUGAUUUUAUUUGUAUUCUUAAUUGGAAAGCGUCCAAUAAGUAAAACUAUAAC